GCCGUCAGCCGUCGGCGUUUUGGCCGCAGGGGAAGGGAGUGGGUUUAGGAUCAACGCGAGGCCGUGCAGCGCGCGGGCCACUAGUGGCACGUGGUUUCCUUGCGGCUCACGCAGCUGAUUGUGUUGUCCGCGGCCGCCCCCUCGGGGAGAGGAAACAGAGGAGAGGUUCUUUGGGGGGACAGAGCUGGAGCUCCGAAAGGGGAAGGGAGCAGCCGGGGUCUUUAAAGCGCCUGGCCGGUGGCCGGGAUUCGAGGAGCGGCUGAGAGGGGAGGGUCCCGGCAGGCGGGGCGCGCACCCGCGUGGAUCUGGGCUGGCGCCGCGCGAUGUUCGGGGCCCGGGGCCUGCUCCGAGCCCUGCGCUCCUGUUCCUCUGCCCCCUGCCCGACACCCAAGCCUGCAGCCAAACUGAGCGUGCGGGAAGCUCUCAGGGCCCAGAACACGAACGGGGAGCGCGUUAAGGUUCAGGGAUGGAUUCGUUCAGUCCGAUCCCAGAAAGAAGUCUUGUUCCUGCAUGUAAAUGAUGGGUCCUCUUUGGAAAACCUUCAGGUUGUAGCAGAUUCAAACUUUGACAAUAGAGAACUGGCUUUUGGGAGUGCCGUGGAAGUUCACGGAAAGUUGGUAAAAAGUCCAGCCAAAAGACAAAAUGUGGAGCUGAAAGCAGAAAAACUUGAAGUUGUUGGCAGUUGUGAUCCCAAGGAUUUCCCUUUUAAAUAUAAAGAGAGGCCUCCUCUGGAGUAUCUAAGGCAAUUUCCUCACCUUAGGUGUAGGACUAAUGCCCUGGGUUCUAUACUGAGGGUUCGCAGUGAAGCCACAGCUGCUAUUCAUUCUUUCUUUAAGGACAAUGGCUUUGUACAUAUUCAUACUCCAAUAAUCACAUCCAAUGACUGUGAGGGCGCUGGAGAACUUUUCCAAGUUGAACCUUCAAGCAAAAUAAAGGUACCUGAGGAGAAUUUCUUCAAUGUUCCUGCUUUCUUAACUGUCUCGGGACAACUUCACCUAGAAGUGAUGUCAGGAGCUUUUACUCAAGUGUUUACCUUUGGCCCAACAUUUCGAGCAGAGAAUUCUCAGAGCCGGAGACACCUGGCAGAGUUUUAUAUGGUAGAAGCAGAGAUUUCUUUUGUUGAGAGCCUUCAAGAUCUCAUGCAGGUUAUGGAGGGGCUCUUCAAGUCUGCAACAAUGAUGGUUCUCUCAAAUUGUCCUGAAGAUGUUGAGCUCUGUCACAAAUUCAUAGCUCCUGACCAAAAGGACAGAUUAGAACAUAUGCUAAAAAACAACUUUUUAAUCAUUUCUUAUACCGAAGCAGUGGAGAUCUUAAAGCGGGCAUCUCAGAACUUCACCUUCACCCCGGAGUGGGGCGUUGAUCUGCAUACUGAACAUGAAAAGUACCUGGUGAAGCACUGUGGCAACAUACCAGUCUUUGUCAUUAAUUAUCCAUUAGCACUCAAGCCUUUCUACAUGAGGGAUAAUGAAGAUGGGCCUCAGCGCACGGUUGCAGCUGUUGAUCUUCUGGUUCCCGGAGUUGGAGAGCUCUUUGGAGGAAGCCUCAGAGAGGAACGGUACCAUUUCUUAGAGCAGCGACUGGCCAGCUCUGGACUGACGGGAGCCUACCAGUGGUAUCUGGACCUCCGUCGAUUUGGAUCUGUGCCACAUGGAGGUUUUGGGAUGGGAUUUGAACGCUAUCUGCAGUGCAUCUUGGGAAUUGACAAUAUCAAAGAUGUCAUCCCUUUUCCAAGAUUUACUCAUUCGUGUCUUUUAUAGAUGGAAGACUGGUUAAGGAAAAUUGCCCAAGCCACAGGUACUGCACGUGAAUGUGCAUAUAGGAGAAUGUAUGUUUGGAUUUUAUAAAUACAGAAGUUUUCAAAAUGUACUUGUCAUACCAUAGCAUAUAACAUGUGAAGAAUAAAAGUGAUCAUGAUUUUCUUAUAAAGUGCAGGGCAUUUCAUGGAAAGAUGAACUCUCUCAAGAAGACAUACUUAUAGCAGGUAGAAUCUCAAAUCCAUUGUAUCAAUUAAUAAGAAAUGAAGAUAUUGAACAAGAUGGUUUCAGAGUUCCUUUCAGACUUUAAGAGAGGACGAGAUUGUGUAUUUUACUUUGUCUUUAAUGAUUAGAUCACUACCUUGUGUGACCUUUGAGAAACAAUUAGUAACUAAAAAUAAAAUGUUGGAUCUUUUCUAGCUUGCCAUUUAACCUAUGACAAAUGCUCAUCUUAUUCUAUGUGCGUUACUAAACAUUAUAGAAGAAAAUAUUCCUUCUUUGGGUCUUGAGUUAAUAGAUUUGCUAUUCUGAAUUGAAAUCUUCUUUCAUCAGAUUGGGUGAAAAAAUCACAUUUAAUAACUCUUGAUCCUCAAUAAAAUGGGUAUAGAAGGAUAAUACCUCAACAUAAUAGAGGCCAGAUAUGGCAAACCCUCAGCUAAUAUAUCCUCAGCAGUUGAAAACUGAAAGCUUUUUCUCUAAUGUCAAGAACCACUAUUAUUCAACACAGUACUGGAAGUCCUAGUCACAGCAGUCAGGCAGAGGAAAGAAAUAAGUAUUCGAAUAGCAAAUGAAGAAGUAAAACUAUCACUGUUUGCAGAUGACAUGGCUCUAUGUAUCAGAAACCCUAAAGACUCUACCGAAAGAGUCUUAAAAGUGACAGACAAACACAGUGAAGUUACAGGAUACAAAAUCACUGUACAAAAUCCCAUUGCUUUCCCGUACGAGAUUCAGCCAUUGUUAAUAUAAGGGGACUGGUUAGCACGACAUCGCUCUCACCUGGCAGCCAAGAAGAAUUGACUGGAGUGCACAUGUGUGAACAAUGACAACUUCACUGUACUAGUCAUUGGGAGCGGUAGAUGCCAUUGCAUGAGCAUGUGCAUUGUGUGGUUAUCACAUUCAAAAUGAGUAAGUAGAAUAAUCAAUCUACACCAAAUUUUGCAUGAAGCUUGAACAUUUCUCCAUGAAAACUAUUCAGAUGUCAGAAGGCUGCAGCUAUAGGUAACUGGUGAUUGUCACCUUCAUGCAUCAUGUCUCAUGCAGAGUUUUUUGGCAAAACAUCAAAUCGCCCAGGUGACACACCUCGCCUACAGCUGAGAUUUGGCACCCUGCAACAUCUGGCUUUUCCCAAAACUAAAAUCACCUUUGAAAGGGAAGAGAUUUCAGACCAUUGAUGAGAUUCAGGAAAAUACAGUGGAGCAGCUGGUGGUGAUCAGGAGAACUGUGUAAGGUCCCAAGGUGACUACUUUGAAGGGGUCUAAGAUGUUAUUGUCCUAUGUACAAUGUUUCUUGUAUCUUCUUCAAUAAAUGUCUGUAUUUUUCAUAUUA